AUGGUCAAUUCUUCGCCAGACACUCCACUCUCAUUCUCCGUGAGCUUGGUGCGGCGCGCUUCAGUUCAAAGCCGACUCAGGGAGGGUGGCCCCAAGAAUUCGAAUCAUUAUAACCUCAAGCGCUUCUCCCAAGACUUCUCCCAGCCCUCGCCCAACGGGCUGCUCUGCACACUUGAAGAAUUUCAGACCUCUAGUAACAAGCUCCAGGACACCACCACCUGGGGUAGUGAUGGCCGGGGCGAGGUGAUGCACGACAACAGCUCCGAUGAUACAACUUGGCUCACCAGACCCAGCAGUCGAGCAUCUGUCAACCAUCUGACUUGGAACCUUCCCAACACGAGAUUCUGUGUCGCCAAAGAUCAAUCCGACAGAAGAAGCGUGGCCAAUCCAUCACGAGUCGUCUCCUUCGUGGCCCCAGAGUCUCGCCUUUCGAUAUCUAGCAUCUACUCCCACACCACCGAGUCUUCCUUGACUUUAGAGCUCACGGAUGAGAUGGCGUCGCCUCCUGUUCGACAUCUCUCAGCGGCGCGGGAUAUCGAUAUCAGAAGUCGAGGGCAAUACGGAGAAGAACAAGCAAUCGCAAAGGACCAGAAAUCACGCACGCGGCCACUGAAACAGUGUCUGAGACGCGCCAAACAGUCCACCUGGCUAGACAAGGCUGGCAAGCGGCUCCAUUCGUUCCUUCACAAAGGUCAGGCAUCUCCACCCUCUCAACUCAGCAUCAUGCCGCACGCAGUCAUCACCGCCAUGGCCCUGAAAACCUGUUCUCAAGUAUCGGACACCAAUACUCCGGUCGUUCCAGGCUCAUGGUGCUCGCCCGCCCACUUCGCUUCCCACUUCUUCCAGCAGCCCUCCUCGAGCUUCCAUCCCGGCUCAUUCACCUCGCCCAGCUCAUUCGGCGCGUCCUCCCUAGCCCGGAUGGAGUCCACGUUCUGCAAAAACUUUGUCUGCUGUUCGAUCCCGCUCGACGACCUACAUGACCUCCUCGAGCACUACGAGCAGGCUCACGUCCACCAGAGCCCGGCCCAGAACCUGAACAGCGACGCCAGCACCCCCAGCCGGCCCGACCUGGUCGUCUUCGAGGACGAGGACGAGUGGAGCGGAACCGAGUCCGCUUCGACGAACCCCUCCAGGAGGGCCGGCUUCGACCGCAGCCACUCGCCCCCGGAUCACAACCAGUGUCCCCUGAGUCACUGGGCCAACGACGGCUUCGGCAUCCCGCCCUCCCUGCUCGACGGCCAGGCGCAGCCGGGCCGGAAUCCCCCGACGGACCCGACCGAGCAGCCGCCGCAGCCCCUGGUGAUGAUGAUGAUCGAUGCGGACGAAGACGGCGCGAGCUCGAUCGACAGCGAUCGGAUCAACACCUCCCUCGACUCCGCCCGCACCCGCUCCAAGCCCGCCGCUAAGCGCAGGCUCGCCGCCGAACAGCGCGACUGGGAGGCCGCAAGAGAGAAGCCCUUCAAGUGCACCGUCCCCGGCUGCGAGAAGGCCUACAAACAGCCCAACGGACUCAAGUACCACAAAACUCAUGGCCACUGCGCUCAAAAAACGCUCAGUGCCGAAGAUGAAUCAAAAGCUUUCGUGUGCCACGAUGCGGUGUGUGGCAAGCGAUACAAAAAUAUCAACGGAUUACGAUACCAUUACCAGCACACGGGGCCGCAUGGCCGGACGGGUCUCCACCUGCUCUCCCUCGGCCACCACCCCUCCGGCCCCGCCCUCAACCUCUCCUCUCUCGUCGGCACCAACAACCACCCUCAUCGCCACCCUCUGCUCACCAGCAGCACCGCCAGUAGCUGCAUCAGCAGCAGCCAGGACGGCGGAAGCGUCGACGGCCUCGCUUCCACCGACUCCAUGGACGUCUCCAUGGACGAUUAA